UCAUUCCUUCACAUCAUUCACCAAGUACUAAGAAGAACAUCUCAAGCUACAUAAGCCACUCAACAUUUUGAAAUUGCAAGAGAAAUUAGCCAUGAUGAAGAGGAGUUUGGUCUAUGCUGCUGCAUUUGUCCUUAUUUUACUUUAUGUUCCAAUCAUCGCCUCUUCAAGGCACAUAAGCCACUCAAAUUCACGACAUGGACAUUUCGAUGUGGGAAACAAAAUAGAUGAAAGCAAAGGGGCAAACCAAAAUCUGCAUUGGAAAGGAAGAUCAAAACAUACACGGCGGCCGGACACGAUGCAAGUAGCUGGGUCGAGGUUGCCGGAUUGUUCUCAUGCAUGCGGAUCAUGUUCACCAUGCAGAUUGGUUAUGGUCAGCUUAGUUUGUGCAUCCCUUGCAGAGGCUGAAUCAUGUCCAAUGGCUUACAAAUGCAUGUGCCAUAACAAGUCCUAUCCUGUCCCAUAGAAUUGGUUAUAAUAGAAUUUCAAUUUCAAGUCAUGCUUCAAUUUCUAACUUGGUGUAAUAUAUAUAGUGCCCAUUUUCCUUGUUUUGUUCUUUUGAGUUUUAUAUUUUUGUUUUAUGAAAUUUCUCUCUAUUGUCAAACAUGUAGAAAUGGCUUCCUAGCAAUGAAAAUGGUUUUUGGCACUGUGACAA